UUGUUUAUUCAUGCAAUUUUCAACUAAAUGAGACACAGUGGGCAAAAGAAAUAACUUUAGCUUGUUGAAUUUUUCUCCAUUGAUGUAAUGAAGUGAUGGUUGGAUUCUCUGGAUUGGCACUGAAUGCUGUCAACAGAGGCUCUAUAUAUUCAGCAUUUUUUACAGUUAUGAGAGUAGCCAAGUUUUGUGUCCUCUUUUAAGUUUGAUCAUGGGAGAAAGAAUUCCAGUAUUCCUUCUACUCAUUUUCAGUUAUUUUUUGAUUGCAGUAGCAAGAACAGCGGAUCAGGAUCGCACUGCUUUUACAGCUAUAAAAAGUGAGUGGCAGAACAUCCCAUCUAAUUGGGUGGACUCAUCAGAUCCUUGUGGCGAUGAUUGGGAUGGCAUUCAGUGCUCCUUUGGAAGCGUUAUCUCCAUAACAUUAGUGAACAGGAAUUUGAGUGGCCAGCUUCCUUCAGAAAUUGGAUUACUAUCUCAAUUGCAGACUUUGGAUCUGUCUUACAAUAAGAAUCUAAUAGGACGGCUUCCCAAUGAAAUUGGAAACCUUAAAAAGCUGCAAGUUUUAACUCUUAUUGGUUGUGGUUUCAAUGAUGCUAUCCCAGAUACAAUAGGAAACCUACAGAGGCUUGUCCAACUGUCUUUAAAUUCUAAUAAGUUCUAUGGGCCAAUUCCACCUUCCAUUGGUAGACUCUCAAGAAUUACUUGGCUUGACUUAUCUGAAAACCUUCUUUAUGGGCCCAUCCCAAUAUCAAAUGGAACUACUCCUGGCCUUGAUAUGCUGUUCAAUUGUCUGCACUUUCAUUUUUGGAGCAAUAAGCUUUCAGGCAAUAUUCCUCCUCAACUUUUUAGCUCGGGAAUGUCUCUGAAACAUGCGCUUUUUGAAAGCAACCAACUUAAUGGCAGCAUUCCAUCCACACUUGGACUUGUCCAGUCUCUGGAGGUGGUGCGCCUUGAUAGUAACUUGUUAAGUGGAAAUAUACCUCCGAACAUCAGCAAUCUUGGAAAUCUGAGGGAUUUGUUCCUGUCCAACAACAACCUAUCUGGUCCCCUGCCAAACCUUACUGGAAUGAAUUCUCUCAACUACCUGGAUAUGAGCAAUAACAGUUUUGAUCCUUCAGACAUUCCUCUCUGGUUAUCAACUCUACAGUAUCUGACAACAAUAGUAAUGGAGAAUACAAGUCUUAAAGGAACUAUUCCUGUUUCUUUGUUCAGCCUGGUUCAGUUACAGACAGUGGAUCUUAAAGACAACCAGCUGAGUGGCACUUUGGAUAUUGGCACAUCCAUCAGCAGCCAAUUGGAGCUCCUUGAUUUGCAGAAUAAUUCAAUCGAAGAAUUUAGUCCACAAAUUGCUGUCUCCCAAGUAAAGAUAAUACUUGUGAAUAAUCCGUUUUGCCAAGAAACAGGAGCUGGAAAGACUUUUUGCCCCACUGCACAACCCAACGGCUCAUCUACAAUGCCAUCAAAUAACUGUGUGGGUGUUGCCUGCAGCCCAGACCAGAUAUUAAGCCCCAACUGCAUAUGUGCUUACCCAUUUACAGGACCUUUAAUAUUCACAGCUCCUUCCUUCUCAAACGUGGGAAACAAGUCAGUCUCUGGAAAGCUGGAGUCAUCUCUGAUGCAUUUUUUUAAUUCGAGUGGUUUACCCGUGGAUUCAGUUCAUGCAAUCUUUCAAAAGAAGAGUGAAUUGCAGUAUCUUUAUUACACUUUAGAAGUAUUUCCAUUUGGCCAAAAAGUUUUCAAUCAAACAGGGAUUUCUGAUAUAGUCUUUCAGUUUACCAGCCAGACAUAUAAGUCUCCUCCAAAUUUCGGACCAUAUAGAUUCAUUCCUGAUAACUAUGAAUACUAUAUGAAUGGUUCAGAAAGUCCUCCAGCGUCUGGUACACCGUCUGGUACAUCUUCAAACAUUGCCAUCAUAGCUGGAGCUGCGGUUGGUGGUUCUUUCCUGCUGGUCUUAUUACUCCUUAUAAGUGCUUAUGCUUUCCGCAAAAAUAAAAAGGGAAAAAGAGAAACUGGGAAAAACAAUCCUUUUGAAGAAUGGGAUCUGCAUGAGAGCAAUAAUAGCAUCCCACAGUUAAAAGGAGCAAGGUGCUUCACUUUCGAAGAGAUUCAGAGCUGCACCAAAAACUUUUCACUGGUCAAUAAUAUUGGAUCUGGGGGUUAUGGGAAGGUUUAUCGGGGAACUCUUCCCAACGGGCAACUAGUUGCAGUAAAACGAGCUCAAAAGGACUCUAUGCAGGGAGGACUGGAGUUCAAAACUGAGAUUGAACUUCUAUCAAGGGUCCACCAUAAAAAUCUUGUUACCCUUGUAGGUUUCUGCUUUGAUCAAGGAGAACAAAUGCUGGUUUAUGAGUAUGUUACAAAUGGUACUUUGAAGGAUGCUCUUUCAGGUAAGUCAGGAAUUAGAUUGGACUGGAUAAGAAGGCUAAAAAUAACCCUUGGUGCUGCCAGGGGGCUGGAUUAUCUCCAUGUGCAUGCCAAUCCUCGUAUCAUACACAGGGACAUCAAAUCCAGUAACAUUUUACUGGAUGAGCGCUUGAAUGCUAGAGUAUCUGAUUUUGGUCUCUCCAAGCCUUUGGGUGAUGGUGACAAAGGCUAUAUUACCACUCAAGUCAAAGGAACAAUGGGCUACUUGGACCCAGAGUAUUAUAUGACUCAACAGUUGACUGAGAAGAGUGAUGUUUAUAGCUUUGGAGUGCUAAUGUUGGAGCUAAUGACUGCAAGAAGGCCAAUAGAACGAGGGAAAUAUAUUGUGAAAGUGGUUAGUAGUGCUAUUGACAAGACAAAAGAGGUAUGUGGUCUAAAGGAAAUUCUUGAUCCAGCCAUUGAUUUGGGGACAACACUGAACGAUUUUGAGAAGUUUGUGGAUCUUGCAAUGCAAUGUGUUAAUGAGUCAAGUUCUAACAGGCCUUCAAUGAAUUCUGUGGUGAAAGAAAUUGAAAACAUGUUGCUGUUGGCUGGUUCAAACCCCAAUGCUGAAUCAGCAUCCACUUCAUCUAGUUAUAACUUAAGUAAAGGGAGUUCCAAGCAUCCUUACGAUGAGUACUUUGAUUCAAGUGUGAUAAUUCCUCGUGCAUAAAUUCAGCCUACGUAGGUCUUCUUUAAAUAAUGUAAAAAGGAGUGUGUGUGUGUGUGUGGGUGGGUGGGAGCAGGGGAUGUUGGUAAUCAAGUGUACUAUGCUGUUAGCUUAAGACUGAACAUGAUUGGAGCUCAAGUUUGAGGAGAAACCCUUCUUUUAGUUUCUUGUUUACACUAUCAGAUUUCUAUUAUCUGGGAUUGUGUAACAUAAUAUUACUUUUGAACAUACUAUAGAUUUGUCUUCUGUUC